AUGGAGAGCGAUAGUGAUGAAAGUUUCGAUGGGGUUGAUAUCGAAGGUGUCGUCGAUGAGAGUGGGUCAGGUACAACUUUGGAUGUUUCAACGACGAGUUCUGAUUCUAGUAACUCUGAAAAUGUGUUGCUUGCGCGUAAUUGGUGCAAGUUAGGGCCUGAUUCCCCGGAACCACCAGCUUUUCCAUUUUCUGCCAGACCUAGUGUUCAUUUUCACUCGAAUGAUGAGGACAAUUUACUGCAAUUUUUUGAACAAUUUUUUGAUGCUGAGAUAAUCAAUCACAUUGUUACUGAAACCAAUCGUUAUACGAUUCAAAAGAAAUUCAAAAAAUGGUUCCCAGUAACUGCUGGUGAAAUGAGAGUAUUUUGGGGCUUAUAA